AUGGCAGAGCUGGGGGUCAACCUCAAGCCCCCAACGCCAAAAAGCCUGAACCCUGACCUCUUUCUCUGGACCCUGGCCGUGAGGCCAGGUGUUUUUUGUUUCAGUGAGCUCUCCUUCAUCACCGAGCCCAGUGAUAUUACAGUGAUCCCCAAGGAUCCAGUGGUCCUGAACUGUGUGGCCCAUGGACGGCCUCCCAUCAUCAUCAGAUGGCUGAGGAAUGGAGUCAGGCUAGCGGAGAGCGAGCGGCUUCAGUUCCUGUCCAACGGCUCGCUGUACAUACCGGAGGUCAGGAGAGACGGAGAAGGGUCGGACGGAGGGUUCUAUCAGUGCCUCUCCCAGAAUAAAUAUGGAGCCAUCCUUAGCCAAAGAUCCUGCCUGACUAUCGCAAAUAUCUCACCGUUCGAGGUGCAGCCCGUGCCUUUGGAGGUGACCGAGGGUUCUGUGGCCAGGUUCACCUGUCAGGUGACUUCUAACCCUCCUGCCACCAUCACCUGGGAGCUAGACCAAAGCACACUACCGUUGGAGACAGACAGAAUCACAGUCCUGCCCAACGGAGUUCUCCAGAUUCAAAACGUCCAACUAGAGGACGCUGGGAAGUACCGCUGUGUGGCCACCAACAUCGGCAACCGCGUCAAGAGUAGCGAGGGAACGCUGUCCGUCGUCAACCCAGGUGCUGGCCCUAAACCGCGUCAGAGGCCCCGGAUCAUAGCGGGCCCCCAGAACGUGACUGCCUCCCUCCACUACACUGUGGUUCUGGAGUGUGUUGCUACGGGAAACCCCAGACCUAUCAUCUCCUGGAGCCGGGCCGACAGUAAACCCAUCGAUGUGUACAAUGCCAGGGUGCUGGGCAGUGGAAACCUGGUGAUCAGUGAUGUGAAGCCUCAGCACGGUGGAGUCUACCUCUGUAGAGCCACCACACCAGGAACACGCAACUACACCAUCGCUGCCGCCAACCUCACCGUGCUAGAGCCCCCAUCCCUGGUGGAGAGACCCGAGAGCCAGACCCGUCCCAGGGCUGGCACUGCCCGCUUCAUGUGCCAGGCUCAGGGGUUGCCCCCACCCCGCAUCACCUGGCUGAAGAACGGAGAGGAGGUUCACCUGAACGGCAGGACCAAGAUGUACAACAGUAAACUGGUUAUCACUCAGAUCACCCCGGAGGAUGAUGCCAUCUACCAGUGUGUGGCGGAGAACGAACAGGGCAGUGUUCUGUCCCUGGCGCGCCUCAUCGUGGUGAUGUCCGAGGACCGGCCCAGUGCGCCCAGGAACAUCCGCGCUGAAACCGUCUCCUCCUCGGCCAUCCUAUUGGCCUGGGAGAGACCCAUCUACAACGCUGACAAAGUCAUCGCUUACUCUGUACACUACAUGAAGGCUGAGGGACUAAACAAUGAGGAAUACCAGGCGGUGAUUGGCAACGACACGACCAGCUACAUCGUAGAUGACCUGGAGCCAGCCUGGAGCUACUCCUUCUACGUCGUGGCCUAUAUGCCGAUGGGCGCUAGCCGUAUGUCUGAGCAAGUCUGUCAGCGCACCCUGGAGGACGUGCCCCUUCGUACCCCAGAGCUCAGCCUGACCAGCCACAGCCCUACAGACGUCCAGGUUUCGUGGCAGCCUCUACCAGCCAAACUGUCCCGUGGGCGCAUCUGGGCCUAUCGUCUGUCCUACCGCACGGCUGCAGACGCCACGGUUCUGUCUGUGGAGCUGGCCCAGAACAACACCCAGUACCUCCUGGGAGACCUUCAGUCUGAUACCAUCUACCUGCUCCGGAUCGCUGCAGCCACCAGGGUGGGGUGGUGUGAACCCUCGUCCUGGACCUCCCACCGCACACCCAAGACCUCUAGUAAUAAAGUGCCACCAGCCCCACUGCUGCAGCAACUGGAGCCUCUCAACUGCACCUCCAUCUUGGUUCGAUGGCAGCCAUCUCCAGGCCUCGUGGUCGUCCAUGGUUACCGGCUCUGUUACCAUGAGGAGGGCCAACCAGAACAGCCUUCCAUCCAGCUCCAGCCUGAGGACACAGAAUACACCAUCAGUGGUCUGGACCCAAGGAGGAAGUACCAUGUGAAACUGUUGGCACUAAGCCUAGUAGGAGAUGGUUACCAGGCCGACCAGACCGUCAGCACCCCAGGAUGUGUGUCAGUCCGAGAUCACCCGGUGGCCCAGCCUCCAGCCCCGGACCACGUGAGUGCGGUGGCUAACAGCUCGUCAGCGGUGUACCUGCGUUGGAGCCGUCCUGCCUUCGCCUCCGGGAAGGCUGUCAGCUACACAGCUCGCUGUACACGCGUGGGCCUGACGAACGCGUCGGCCAUACGAUACGUACAGACUAUCAACCAGAGUGUGCUGAUACAAGGUCUGGAACCCAACACCCGCUAUGAGUUAGUGACGCGUCUCCAUGCCGACCAGCUGUCCAGUCCCUGGAGUUCUGUUGUCCACCAGAGGACCCUUCCUGCAGCGCCCAGCCAUCCACCUGAAGGUGUGAGGGUGUCUCUGAUUGAGGACGACACAGCCCUGGUUUCCUGGAGGGAACCAGAGGGGAACAACCUGGCAGUGACACAUUACACCAUCCUGUACGCCUCACAGAGGGCCUGGCUGGCCGGACACUGGCAGAAACUGCAGAGGAAGGGGAGCAACACCAUGGCCUUGCUGGAGCGUCUGGAGCCUGGUAACGUCUACCUGGUGAAGAUAUCUGCCUCCAACCAGGUGGGAGACGGGCCCUUCUCUACCACUGUGGAGCUGGCCCUGGGGCCUAGGCCUACACACAGAGGGAAGAGGCCCAGGCACUCAGACAGCGGCUCCUCCUCAGACACUACAGUGUUCUCUGAAGGACUGCACCACAUGGAUCAGAAGUCCAUGACAGGCAUCAUGGUGGGGGUCUGCAUCGCUCUGACCUGUAUCACCAUCUGUGCCCUCAUCCUCAUCAACAAAGGCAGAUCCAGGAAAUUGUCCAUCUCUAAGAACAUUGACGUAGUGAACGGUGAGGGACCCCGUGGUCCACAUGCUGGUUUGGCCCUGGCCAAUGAACACCCUGCUGAGAACAUAGAGGCCCUGAUGCCCAUGAUGACACAACACUUCAUUGAUGGCAAGGGUGGUUCUAACCUGGCGUUUAGCAGAGCUGGUCCAGUCUGCGGUAUCAACCGCAGUAAGAGAUGGCAGUUCUUCAAGAGGGAGAGUCACAAUAGAAAUACAAGCCAGGCUGAGAACAGAGCGUGUCUGUACGAGGCAGGGAAGACCGUGCUGUGUUACGAGGACAGGGUAGGCACCUCGCCCCUCCAGCCCUCCAGCUUGCAGAUCCUGUUCGGGCCACUAGGGGGCUUGCAGAGCUCCGGGGGUAGCAGUGAGGGAAGCAGCUCUGGGACCACUGAGACCAGCGAAGGGAGCCACGAGACAGGAGACUCCGGUCACUACUCCAACGAAGAGAUGAACAACGAGAGUGAGAUGAGUAACCCGUCCACAGCUACCUCUGGCCUUAACUCCAGGCCUCUGUCCUUCGGGUCGAAUAUUUGAAUGACAGCCCAACUCCAGAGGAAGAAGAGUGUUCGGAAGUGAAGGAAGAAGGAAAGCCUGGGUUUUAAAGUGGAAUCUGAGGUGACACCACCAUCACCUCCACCAUCCUGGUCAUGACUCUGUCCAGCAGCCCUCACGUCCCUGUUCCCUCUGGGCAACAGAGGAAACAGGAAGCUGCUUAUCCUGUCCAGGGCACGGUCCAGUCAGCAGGCCCGUCCUGGCGAUAGGCUAGCCGGCCUGAAUGUGACUUAUCUACAGCUGAAGCUGCCCACCCUUUCUCCCUUCUUGGCCUCCUGAAAACAGGUCCUUUGUGCAUGGAACUUGCGAGGAGUUAUGAGGAGGUGAUCAGGAAGUUGAAGAUUGAGGAGGAAAUGUAUGUUCGCUUCAGGUCUACUUCGGGAUAUUUGUAAUGAACGUCGUUGUUUUUCCUGUUUCAUUUUGACCUCAUUUUCAGUCCGUCUAGUUUUUUCGUCUGUUUGUCUGUUAGGUCUUUAGGGACGGUUUUCUAACACAGAUUAAGCCUUGUACUGGUUUGGUGAAAGGUAUGUUAUAGGAUCCUGAAAAGCAUGUUUAGUGACAUUCUCCAUUCAAAGGGCUCCUUUGUACGGGACUAGGCUUAAUCUGUGUCCGGGGGAAACAAGUCCUAAAAGUCUGUCCUAAACCAAAGCUCACCCAAAAAUGAAUGUUCAAAAGAAUGUCAAAAAAAUGUAUUGCGUUGUGAUACAUUUUCUUCUAUAUUUAAGGAGAUGUAUUUCUUCUACUGGACCAGAGGGUAUAGAUGCUGACCCCUCAUUGGUGAUUGUCUACCUCAGUGACUCUGAUUGUAUAUAGUACUACCUCAUCUUAACAGUAUAUUGUGCAGUACUGUAUAUAGUACUACCUCAUCUUAACAGUAUAUUGUGCAGUACUGUAUAUAGUACUACCUCAUCUUAACAGUAUAUUGUGCAGUACUGUAUAUAGUACUACCUCAUCUUAACAGUAUAUUGUGCAGUACUGUAUAUAGUACUACCUCAUCUUAACAGUAUAUUGUGCAGUAUUUCCCCCUAACUCAGGGAAUGAGGUUGAAAACAUUUAAAAGCCAUGUCUUACCUGCAUUAAUAUCCUGCAGGAUUUAUAUAGGCUUAAUUUGUUUUGAAGAUUUGUGAAAAUUCCUUUAAUUAUUUGUUGUUUGGAAGGUUGGAAAAGCUCUAAAGUUUUGAAUGUUGAGCGUCUUCAGUAAAGUUCUAAUAUUGAAGUGCAUUAGAUAUCAUCAGUCUCUAUUUGAGUAAGAUCAAGUAACCAAAAUAAAACAUUUAACUGGUAUUUCCAGUGCACCGGACCUUAAAAGCUUUAAAAUGGCCUCAUAACGUGGAAAAGGGCUUUGCAGAUUAUCGUAGAUAUAGAGAUCCAAAGACAAAGAAAUGUAUCCAAAGAAAGAGUUGUUCGCCUACUAGUAAACAAAACCUCAAAAGCAGAAAAAAAAUACAAUAGGCAUACAGAGUGUAUGCCAAAAUCAUUUUGCUGCUAAGUACAAAAAAAGGUGCUAUCUAGAACCUAAAAGGGUUCUUCAGCUGUCCCCAUAGGCGAACCCUUUAAAGAGC